AUGGCAUCGUUCUUGCUCGACGAGGAGAAGAAGGUCGUCGUGAUUUAUGUGAGUUGGAUGGACGAGGAAGACGACCCCGACUUCAAGAGCAAAGAGUUGAUAUACAUUGUUGAGGAGGACAGUGACGUCACAACAUUGGAUUUUGGAAGCGAUGAUCAUCCUGGAGCUUUGGUAGGUGUCCUAAAUUAUGUUCCGAGUUUGGUUCAAAUGGAGCAAGCUGGAGGCAAAAGGAAAAGAGCUGACCUCUCUGAUAUAAGGAGGCUUCGUUGCCUUUUCACAAGACUUCGAUGGGUCAUCAAGAAACGGGUUAAGGCCAGAGUUAUCAUCAGGAGGUUGAGGAAAGGAAAGUGGGGAGCUCGACGAAAGGAGACCGAGAUUUCUUCCAUCCAUCUGAGCUCAAACACCAGAAGACAGAUUCGUGUUGCCACGUUUAACGUAGCAAUGUUCUCGCUUGCGCCUGUCGUGCACAACAUGGAGGAGGAAACAGCUUUGUUCGGUAGCAGCAACAUCACAAGCCCUUCUCCAACAGGGAUUCUGAAGCAGUCUCCUUUACAUUCAUCUGCGGUCAAGAAACCAAAGGUGUGCAUUAAUCUCCCAGACAAUGAGAUCUCUUUAUCACAGAGCUACAGCUUUCUGAGCAUGGUGGAGAACGACGGGAAGGAAAACAGAGGAAGUAUGUCUAUGAGAUCUCCUGUGUGUCUUCCCUCUUGUUGGUGGGAACAAGAAAGCUUUAACGGAUACAGCAGCAGAAGAAGCGUAGCUGAGUUGCUAGGAGAGUUGGAUGCAGACGUUUUGGCCUUGCAAGAUGUGAAAGCAGAGGAAGAGAAUCUUAUGAAGCCUUUGUCGGAUUUGGCUUCCGCUUUAGGUAUGAAGUAUGUGUUUGCAGAAAGCUGGGCGCCAGAGUAUGGCAAUGCCAUAUUGUCAAAAUGGCCAAUCAAGAAAUGGAGAGUUCAAAGAAUCGCUGAUGCUGAUGACUUCAGGAAUGUGUUGAAGGUGACUAUAGAGGUCCCAUGGGCUGGAGAAGUAAACGUGUAUUGUACUCAGCUUGACCAUCUAGAUGAGAACUGGCGGAUGAAGCAAAUCGAUGCGAUUACUCGAGGAGAUGACUCUCCACACAUCUUGCUUGGAGGCUUGAAUUCUCUUGAUGGCUCUGAUUAUUCCAUAGCAAGAUGGAACCACAUUGUAAAGUAUUACGAGGAUUCUGGAAAGCCAACGCCAAGAGUUGAAGUGAUGAGAUUUCUCAAGGGAAAAGGAUAUUCAGAUUCUAAAGAAUUUGCAGGAGAAUGUGAACCUGUAGUCAUUAUUGCUAAAGGCCAAAAUGUACAAGGAACAUGCAAGUACGGGACACGAGUGGACUACAUUCUGGCAUCUCCAGAGUCACCAUACGAGUUUGUUCCAGGCUCUUAUUCGGUUGUUUCUUCCAAAGGUACUUCUGAUCAUCAUAUAGUCAAAGUGGAUUUAGUUAUAGCCAAAGAGCGAUCUCGAGGCAGCUUCAAACAUUCUCGCAAGAAAGCUAAGCAGAAGAUCAUCCGGAUCAAAGCUAAUUUGAUGUCACAAGACACAUGGAAAUUUGGAAAUCUGAUGUCUUCAUAA